AUAAUAUUUGCCAAUUAUAAAACUGACAAGUGAAAAACAAUUAGUGGUGUUCAACAUAUAUUUGUGAGUAAUUGGAUACGACAAACUCAAAUAAUGUAUGAUAUAAAUGACAUUUGGGAAGCAUGCAGUGAACUGGAUGAAAAACUUUCAACUGAUACAUGUAAAAAGGAGGAUGAGAUAAGAAAACAUUUAAACUUGGUGGAGUCCAAGUUAAAAUUUGAAGUACCAGAUUUCCCAGAAGGAUUAGAAUGGCUAAAUGUUUCACAGCCUUUGUCCUUGAAAAAUCAGCUAAAAGGCAAACUAGUUGUGCUGGACUUCUUUACUUAUUGCUGCGUGAACUGUAUGCAUAUUUUGCCUGAUCUUGAGGCCUUGGAAGAUAAAUUUUCAGUAACAGAAGGUGUCUCAGUGAUCGGCGUACAUUCAGCGAAAUUCGAGAAUGAGAAAGUGCUAACAAACAUUUUAAGUGCAGUUUUACGUUACAGUAUACAUCAUCCGGUAGUGAACGAUCAGGCUGCCAAGUUAUGGUCAGAACUUCAAAUUGCAUGUUGGCCAACACUUGUCAUAGUUAGUCCGUCAGGGCGAUUUUUGUAUCAGUUGGUUGGAGAAGGUCAUCGAGAGAGGUUGCUUGACUUUGUGCGUGUAGCGCAGCAGUUUUAUAGUGAAAAAGGACUGAUAACUAACAACGAAUUGCCAAUAAGACUUGAACAGCUCCCACCUUCACCAUUAAACUUUCCUGGCAAGGUAUGUGUGAGUGAUGACGGUAGGACCUUGGUAGUGGCUGAUACUGGACACCAUAGGGUUAUUGUAGCCGACAACACAGGAAAAGUUAAGCAUGUGAUUGGAGGCAAGGACAGAGGUAACAAAGAUGGUGGAUUUGCAGAGGCCAUGUUUUCAUCGCCACAAGGUGUUGUAUUGGAUGGUUCCAUUUUAUACAUUGCUGACACUGACAACCAUACUAUUAGAAAAGCAGACCUGAAUGUUAAAAAUGUUGUUACACUAACUGGCACUGGUAAGCAGGGAAAUGAUAAAGAAGGGGGAAAACAUGGCUGCUGUCAGGAACUGUCUUCACCAUGGGAUGUGUGUCUAGCUGAUGGCUUAGGUGGAGAAAAAGAUGCUGUGUUGUUAAUAGCCAUGGCUGGUUCCCAUCAGAUCUGGGCAUACUUUCUUAAGGAAGCUGCAUGGUACAAAAAUCAACAAGUAAGUGCUGGAACAUGUUUGAGACUUGCAGGAAGUGGUGUGGAAGAAAACCGUAACAAUUCCUAUGCUGAGAAAGCUGGAUUUGCUCAACCUUCAGGUGUUACCCUGUCGAAAAAACUAAACUGCCUUUUUGUUGCCGACAGUGAAAGUUCGUCUAUAAGAAGCAUUCAGCUAAAAGAUGGUGCCGUGAAAAAUGUUGUUGGAGGAGAUAUUGACCCCAGGAACUUGUUUGCCUAUGGUGAUGUCGAUGGUAAAGGGAACCAGGCAAAGCUUCAACAUCCUCUAGGUGUCUCCAUGGCAACAGAAGAUGGUCCCCUGCUUGUUGCAGAUUCUUACAAUCAUAAGAUAAAAAGUAUAGAUAUAACAAAAAGGUCAUGUCAGACAUUGAUGGGUACUGGAAAGCCUGGUUCCUCUAAGGGAAGUAACUUGCUGGAGGCAGAAUUAAAUGAGCCUGGUGGGCUAUGCAGUGAUUGGAGAGGGAAGAAAGUUUAUAUUGCUGACACAAAUAACCAUGAUAUAAAAGUCCUAAACUUAGAGGAACACACUGUCAGAAGUCUUCCGUUUAUAUUUACGUCUGCACCUACUGACCUUGUUGACACUGACAAAGAAAAGUCUCCAUUAUCUAUGGCUGAUCAGGGUAAAAAUGUAACUAUCAAUUUGGAAAUUAAACUAGCAGAAGGUGUGCAUUUAAAUGAAGAGGCUCCAAACUCUUGGAAAUUAUAUUCUGAAGACUUGUGGUGUGACUGUCCAGUGAGAAAAAUACACAUAGCAAAUUUUGGCUUCAUUGCAAAAAAUAGCGGUUUAGGCCAGUUGUGA